AUGAGUUACGGCGCGCCCCAUGCCUCCGGCGGCGGCGCAUCCUCAGAUCCGGCUGCAGCCCUCCGCGGCGCUUCCCUGGCCUUCAGCAAGAAGAAGCCGCCCGCGCCGCCGCCCCAGUCGAAGGGCAGCAAUGGCGCCCUCGCCGCCGCCACACUGAGCUCCCAGAGCACGGGCGGGAGCGUGAACGGCCUUCCGGACAUGGAUGCGGCCGCGGCGAGGAGCAUCGUCGCUGGGAGGAUGCAGCAGCUGGCCGCGGCCUCGGGCCAGCAGCACCAGCACCAGCACCAGCAGUACGGGAGCCAUCUCCAGACGCCGCCGAGGGUCGAUCCGAAGAGCACGAGUUUCAUCGCUGCCACGCUGGCCGCGAGCCGCAAUGGGAGUCCGAGCCCCCCGAAGCCGACGGCGGCAUCCCCGGCACCUAGGAGGAAGGCCAGCGUGGGCGCCAUGAGCUCGGUGAGCUCUGCUGAUGUGGCUGUGGAUUCGGAGCCUAUACCCCCGACGGGAUCCUUGAUAUCGAUAUUUGAAGGUGGACGGGGAGGUGGUGGUGGGGAUCCUGUCAAGAAGACCCCGGUGCGUGGGAAGCGCUCGGUGGAUGAGACUGUGGCUUUUAGGAGAGAACCGCUGGAUGAAGGUGUGGCUUCGAGGGCGGCGGAGAAGCGGCCGCUCAAGACGGAACCCAAGAACCAGGCCACUCCUCCACGGCUCAACCAUCUGAUGGCCCAGGAUAGGACCGAUACGAGGGAGCCAGAUCUCGAGACGAGCCCAUCUACUACACGACAGAGGCAACGGGCUUCACAGACUGUCGGUGCUGUUGAACUGAGCAGGCCAGAGGUGAAACCAAGUCGUUCUCCUCCGCGAUCGAAAAACCUUGUCUCUCAGAAUACUAGUGAUGGGAAGAGACCUGAAGUGGAGGAGAGGCGUUCUUCGCCCACGUAUACUUCGCCUGUGCAGACAGCAGUUCCUCGAAUCACCAACAAGUACAAUUCACCACAGACGAGCAAUCCGCCGCAGUUCAGCCCUCUGACGCCGCCGCCGCAGUCAGCUGGGAUCAAUCCACUCCAGCCAGGGGCUGUGAAGCCUCCACCGAAGCCCAAGAGAGCUCCAACACAGACUACGAGGCCACCAACACCACCAGAAUCUCGGACCUCUGCCCCUCCUCCCAAGCCAAAACCGUCGGUUGAAAAACUAGCCGCCGGAGUCUCAUCUAAGCAACGACCAGGUCAGGCGGUGCCUCUUGGCGAGGACACUGCCCCAGUGUCUAAGCCAGUUGCGAAAUCUUCGGCUCCCCCAACACCGCCAAAACCAAGAAAACCUCAAUCUUCAAGUAAUUUGAAGCAAGAUCAGGCGCUCGAAGGCCGAACAAGACCCGUUCCCAGCAAGUCCAAAGGGGAUCGCGGCCAGGCACCUGCACCACCGAAGCCCCGGGGAAGCUCCAAGCCGUUAGCCAAGGUUUCUUCAAAUCGUGAUACAGACAGCCCGGAGCCGGUUGGGCUGCACCGUACAAAAACAACUGAUACCAUGGAUUCAGCAAACGAUGUAUUCGUCUCCGCCCCAACCUCGCCUGACCUUGUCAAAUCUGCCCCGGCCUUCCCACCCCGCCAUCGGAAAACGGCGAGCGGGCCACCAUCACCAACUAGAGAUGUGCAGCGGCAACGCUCAGCUACCGCGUCCUCGACCAACAAGAACCAGGCACUGGAUUCCUUAGCGAGCGCUAUUAUGGCUGGGUCUUUGGCCGCUGCUCGCUUAACGCCCCAUAGCACCGGGACCUCCUUGCCCCCUCCCGUAACGCCGAUACGGCAGAAGUCGCCGCGCCUUCGCCAGACGCUUCGAGGGCCUGUCGACUCAUCUGAUGACGAGGAGGAUCGACAUAAAAAGAAUCACCGGCCCAAGCUGCGAAGCGGGAAGCACGCCCAUCAUGAGGGCUCCCGCAGGAGAUGGCGAGAUGAGGUCACACCCAGGGAGCGCAAGCGUUACGAAGCCGUGUGGGCGUCCAACCGUGGCAUCCACCUGCCCCAUGCCGCCUCGCCCUCGGCGUCGAGCCUUAGCAGUAGCGGCAGGGAUAACCUCAAGGACUUUUCACACUCGGUGGCCAACGUCGUUGUGAGGGAGGUCUGGAAGCGAUCGCGACUCCCCGAGGAUGAGCUGAUCGAGGUGUGGGAUCUCGUCGACCGUGAUAAGAGAGGCGUGCUGAGCAGGCAGGAGUUUGUGGUUGGGAUGUGGCUGAUAGACCAGCGCCUCAAGGGGAGGAAAAUCCCAACCAAGGUCAGCGAGAGUGUGUGGGGGAGUGCCAGUGGGAAUGGGUUGAUGGUCAUCAAGCCAAAGGCGAAAUAA